UGGGGGGUGGGGAGGGAAUGGGAAGAAGGGGGAUAGGAAGUUCCCCAAAUCCCUAAAUUAUCUGAAUGCGUUUGGUGUGGUGUUUUUUUUUGUUGCCGCUGCGGUCGGUGCAGUCGGUGCCCACGGAGAGGCCUCACGGGUGCCGUCCCGUGUUUCGGGGGGUUCCGCCCGCGUGAGGACGGUGACAGUUGGGGGCAUCUCUCGCUCCGCUCGUUUGGUGCGGUUGUUUUUGUUAAAAACCGACGAAGGAGGCGUUGUCCGAUGGGCGUUUUACCCAAAGGGAAGGAGGAGGGGGACCGGUGAUGGGAUGGUGGCGUCACUUGUGCCAGUCUCAUGGUUUGCCGAUGCCCUCUUACACAGUGGCAAAUGGCAGCAGCCUGCAAAUAGGAGUGUGUGUGUGCGUGUGUGUGCGUGUGGAGACUGAAAUAGUGGGUGGGUAAGGAGGCCCGGGCAGGAAUUGAACAGGUCAAUUUUUUUUUUUUUUAAAAAGCGAUGUGCUCCGGUGGUUUGGGCAUUAAGCGGAUUAGUUUACUCGCCAUGCGAGAGAAGAGAGGGCACUGGCGUGCGGUGCCAUGAUCGCAAUAACAAGAGGCUGGAUUGCAUCCCACAUAGCUGAGUUGUCUUUCUGAGAUGCAUUCUGUGGGAGCGGAGGCUACGCAUUUCCCUGUAGGUGGGUGGGCAGAUUGGCAGGAGGCUUGGCUCCAAGCUCUUUCCUUGUGCUUCCAUGUUGUCAAUUACGAACAAUAUUGGCGUGAAGGACUGACUAAGGGCAGAACAGCCAGCUACCAUCAUUAUUUCUGAAUGCUGUGAGGGGUGAAGUGGAUUUUCAGUAGGAAUCCCGGUAUUUUUGUCAAAGAUGUGAAUUGCACUGUUUAUACAUAUGUCUCUAGUGGAUUUGGGGAAGAAGCUGUUAGAAGCUGCACGAGCAGGACAGGAUGACGAGGUCCGAAUCCUAAUGUCCAAUGGUGCUCCUUUCACAACAGACUGGCUUGGAACGUCUCCUCUUCAUCUGGCAGCCCAAUAUGGUCACUAUUCCACAGCCGAGGUUCUGCUCCGCGCAGGAGUGAGUCGUGAUGCAAGGACAAAAGUGGACAGAACGCCCCUGCAUAUGGCAGCGUCAGAAGGUCAUGCAAAUAUUGUAGAGGUGCUGGUCAAGAAUGGGGCUGACAUCAAUGCGAAGGACAUGCUGAAGAUGACAGCCUUGCAUUGGGCAGUGGAGCACAGCCACCAUGAAGUGGUGGAGCUUUUGAUAAAAUACGGAGCUGAUGUCCAUGCGCCGAGUAAAUUCUGCAAGAAUGCGUUUGACAUUGCAAUGGAUAACGGGGAUGAGGAGUUAAUUAUAAUGCUUCAGAAAGCGAUGCAGAACCAGAUCAACACAAACCCGGACUGCUCGGAUACAGUCACGUUGCACAAUGCCACUCCGCAGUUCAUCAUUGGGCCUGGCGGAGUCGUCAACUUGACAGGCCUAGUAUCCACCGGAGACUCCAAUAUUUCUACAGUGCAGUUUGGAAACUCGUCCACCUCAGUGCUCGCCACCCUAGCUGCUUUGGCUGAAGCAUCAGCCCCUCUAACACACACGACCGAGGCACCAGUUGUUGCCACAGAAGAAAUAGUCACUGCGGAUUCCGUUGAUAGUGCUAUUCAACAAGUUGUUAGUAGUGGAGGUCAGCAAGUCAUUACCAUAGUAACCGAUGGUAUCCAACUUAGUAACCUACAGGCAGCUGGCGGUGGGUUAAAUCAGCCGAUCAUUCUGACCAUGCAGGAUGGACAGCAAGUUUUGACAGUUCCGGCCACAGACAUUGCUGAAGAGACUGUGAUUACUGAGGAGCCAACAAUCAAGAGGCGAUGUCUUCAGAUUAUUGAAAAUAACACAGAUGCCACAGAGAUCGAGAUAACAGACAGUUCUGGCCCAGAAACCUGCAUUCUGCAUUCACCAGAAUUCUCAGAGGAGAAAGAGGCUUUGCAGAAACAACUGGAGGAAGCGAAUCGCGAGGCACAGAAAUACAGGCAACAGCUUCUAGAGAAGGAAGAGGAGGCGGAGGCUUACAGGCAGAAACUGGAGGCAAUCGGCUGUUUCCACAUCAACAAAAAAGCUGUUUAACUUGCUCAACGGAUCCUCCCAAGGACACACUUACACCUCAACACACAGGACAGCUGGAAACCUUGUAACGUGGACAAACCUCAUUAACUACAGUUUGCUCCAAUCACUGUGAUGCAAAAAGGACAUUCGAAAACCAGGCAAAUUAUCAACAGACCUCCGUGUACAAACCACAUUUUAGCAUAUAAAGAUGUGUGAAUUUGGGGGUGGGGGGGAGGUAGGUGGGGCUUUCAAUCAAAAUUCGGACGUAAACUGAUGUUAAAAAAAAAUACGGGGAGGAGUGAAUGAGAAUUCCGAAGCCGUUUUUUAAUGUAUAUUUCAACUGAAGGCUGCAACAGCCUUGAAAACUAUAACCACACAUUUCUUUGUGAUUUCUAUCCUUUUUAACCAACCAACCAAUCCAAGCCGUGGUCCUGUCUGUCUCAGAUCGUUGUUACGUUCCAGUUGAGACAUUUUCUCUCCAUGCAACCACUCCCCAACCCUCCAUUAUUUUCAGAAGUGUUAUAAAAGCUAUUGUUUUUCCUGCGUCUCCCAUGUUAUUUGCUUAAAAUAUUGGGGGAUUCAUUUUGUUUGAGCAAGCAGCAAAAAAAANCUCGAAGCUAGUGAAGCAAUUGUAAUAUGAUUGGAUGCCAUCGACAUGAUUUGUUCAGAUUGUCUCAUCCUUCCAGCAUUCUGAAUGCAAUUCACACUGUUGGGUUGAGCUAACAGGAGGUAAAGACGGUUUCAACUUUAGUUAAAUGUGUUCUUGCGUUAUCUUAAUGUCCGUGGAAAAUGACCGCAAAGAUAGGAUCUAGCAGAAGUUGGCCCUGCCAGAACGUUGGGUGGUUGGGGGGAGCCGGGACAAGCAGGUCAACUUAAAGAAACAAAAUUUAAAUUAAACCGGGUUGGGGAAUUACCAAAGAGGAAGGCACGGUUACAGGGAUGAAGAGGCAAGAGGAGAAUUUUUUUNGAAUAAAAACGUAGAUUAUUUCAAGUGAAUGUCAAGAGGUGGGGGUUGGUGGGAGGAGGUUUCGACUUUGCAAACCUUAACUGCUAUAUACUGAUGUAUUGCUUCCAAAAUGCCACCCCUCACCCUCUCCAGGGGGAACCGGUCACUUGAAGAUGAUUGGCUCCCCCGUACUCCAGCUUUGCUCAGCACCCUUAGGAAAGGAGUGAUAAUAGAAGGCAUAGGUGGGGGAAAUGACAAUUAGGAAGGAGUGGGAUGAUUCUGUAUCAAUGGGUUGCGUUAUCGAUGACAAAGUAAUCCCUGUAGACGAACUUUCCAAGUACAAAGGAAAUACUAAAUGUGGAACUUCACCUCGUCGUCCUGGAAAAGUCACUGAGAAGAGAAAAAAAAUAUUUGUGUCAAAGAAACUCUCUGCAGUAUCUUUGGGGCUGUACCAGAGUACAUCCAAGUUGGUAUGUAUUGGCUUGUCUAUUGCCAAUCCUAAUGGUUUUUAAUACCAACAAUAUUAAUCUGAACCACAAGCCACCUGAUUCAUCCCGUCAGGAGCAUUGUUGAAUUGCGCAGUUGUUAAAAACAAAUCAUAAGAGCAAAGGUUUUUCUUUAAUUCUUAAAUCAUUACAAUGAUCUUCAGUGAUGAGGAGAGUCAGUGUUAUUUCAUUGUUUAAACGUUCCCAAGAUUGGACAAGAGGUUUGGAUGAAGAAGGCCCUUUGGUCUAUUUGAUCUUGUGUUUCCAGAAUUCCCGUCCUCCCAUGACAGCAUUUAAAACUGCUGCCGCAAUGGAGUGGAUCUGUCUUUGGUAGGCAAAGGAAGGAGAGGGAAAGGAUACUUGCUCAACAUGUUGAGAUGCUUGCCUUUCGAGUGUGUGCACAAUUAGAAAAUGUUACGACAAUGUGUUAAUAGUUCUCGUUGAAGAAGAAUACAAUGCAGACAAACAUCGAGUCUUAAAAAGUGAAAACAGGUGAAACGACUGCUUACCCCUCGCAGUGCCACGUGGGCUGCUGUUACAAAAGAGCAUGUGUAUAUAAUUUUUUUUAAUGAAACUGGUUCCAGAAAUGUAAAUUUAAACAAAAUCACGUUUAAAUGUUCCACUGUGCAGAUGCGUUCAUUCCGCCUACUUAGAAUAAUGACUUAUUUUUGGGAGGUUAUGUUGCCUGGCCCAAUGUCAAGUGACCUUUCGCUGUAAAAUCUAGUAUCUGGUGUGGGAGCGAUUCAUAUUCAUUCAUGGGACCUUUUCAUAGAGGGUUGAUGUCACAUUUAACAUUUGUUUUGCUGUGGCUGAUAAUGCUGACAUACUGUUUAUGUUAAACAUUGUCAUUCAGUGAGAUAUGAAGUAGAGAGAGACAGUUCCUUUGUAUUACAGCUGUUUGUUUUCCUCACUCAGUUAUCCAUGUAAAUUUAAAAUGCAUUUUACUGUAUCAUAUGCUUUUGUGAAUCCAGUUUUAUUUUCAUUCCCUCCCCACUCACCCCCACUGUAUGAAGCUAUCUUAGUAAGUAUAUACACAAAGUUGUUGAGGAAACCUGCACUGUAUAAUUUUGUAUCAAAUAAAACCUUUCCUAAGUAA